CUGGCAGGCGGUGUGUGUAUGGUUGGUUGGUUUGUGGUUGUGUUGGAAGUCUCGCUCGCUUGUCAAUAUCACACACAACGAAUGCAUUAAUGCUAAGAGAUGGGAAUCUUGCAGUCAUGUUUCCACGACGAACUGCUGUAGCGCUGCUCGCCGUGUGUGGAUUAAUAGCAGUCGGCGAUGCUCUUAAGUGUAAUUGCACUGCCUGUGAGAGCAGCGGUUAUGUCUGUGAGACUGAUGGGGCCUGCAUGGCCUCUACAUCCCACAUUAAAGGUCAGGAGGAGGAGCAAGUUCGGAUCUGCAUUCCCCGUGUCAACCUGGUACCACCUGGACAGCCCAUCUACUGCUUGAGCGCCAAAGGCCUGUUCAACACACACUGCUGUUAUACGGACUUCUGCAACAGCAUCAACCUCCAGAUUCCCAGCGGGAUUACUGAAGGUAAAGAGGACAGCUGGGGUCCUGUAGAGCUGGUGGCAGUGAUAGCAGGCCCGGUCUUCCUCUUUUGCUUAUUGCUUAUCGUGGGAGUGCUCGUUUUCCAGCACCACCAGCGCAACUAUAACCAUCGGCAGCGACUCGACGUUGAGGAUCCGUCCUGUGAUCAUCUGUACUUGGCCAAAGACAAGACCUUACAGGAUCUCAUCUUCGAUCUGUCCACCUCCGGUUCAGGAUCUGGUCUGCCCUUGUUUGUUCAGCGAACAGUGGCCAGGACAAUUGUUCUGCAGGAAAUUAUAGGUAAAGGUCGCUUUGGGGAAGUAUGGAGGGGGAGAUGGAGAGGAGGGGAUGUGGCUGUGAAGAUCUUCUCAUCCAGAGAGGAACGCUCUUGGUUCCGUGAGGCUGAGAUUUACCAGACCAUCAUGCUCCGUCAUGAGAACAUCUUGGGCUUCAUUGCUGCUGAUAAUAAAGACAAUGGCACAUGGACACAGCUGUGGCUGGUGUCAGACUAUCAUGAACAUGGCUCAUUAUUUGACUAUCUCAACCACUACUCCGUCACAAUCGAGGGGAUGAUUAAGUUAGCACUCUCAACGGCCAGCGGCCUGGCACAUCUGCACAUGGAGAUCCUGGGAACACAGGGAAAACCAGGCAUUGCGCAUCGUGACCUCAAAUCUAAAAACAUCCUGGUGAAAAAGAAUGGUACUUGUGCCAUAGCAGAUCUGGGGCUCGCUGUACGGCACGAGUCUAUCACUGAUACUAUAGACAUCGCACCUAAUCAGAGGGUUGGCACCAAAAGAUAUAUGGCCCCAGAGGUACUAGAUGAAACGAUCAACAUGAAGCAUUUUGAUUCUUUCAAGUGUGCUGAUAUCUACGCUUUGGGACUGGUAUACUGGGAGAUUGCACGACGGUGUAAUGCUGGAGGCAUCCAUGAAGAUUACCAGCUUCCCUACUAUGAUCUAGUGCCCUCCGACCCCUCUAUAGAAGAGAUGAGGAAGGUGGUGUGUGAUCAGAGACUACGGCCCAAUGUGCCCAACUGGUGGCAGAGCUACGAGGCGCUGAGAGUGAUGGGGAAGAUCAUGCGGGAGUGUUGGUAUGCCAACGGAGCGGCACGGCUUACGGCUCUGCGGAUUAAGAAGACUCUCUCGCAACUCAGCGUCCAAGAAGACGUUAAGAUCUGAAAGACGCGGGAUUCUGCAGAUCCCUGUAGAGACGCACAAGCGAAUAAAGACUUAAGCCAAAAGCAGCCUGCCAGUUUUAGCCCUUUUUUGAACCUUCUAAAGUUGUAACGAGGCCUACCUCACCAUCUUAAGACGAAACUACUGAGGUUGAGUCCAUCCCAGCCCUUUUCCAUUUCUCCAACAUCAAAGUUCCCAAUCGUGGAUGAGCCACCAACCGCUGAUUUCAGCACAACCUCCCUCCAUGGACCUACUGUUGUUGAGUUCUUUCU